CUUCAAGUCACUGACCAUUCCGCGAUACAAUGUUCAGAUUAACGUGUGUCUGCCUUUGUCUACUCGCCCUGAGUGAGGGAAUAGAAAGUUUUGGCAAUCCCUGGAUGCUGCCCACUUUCCGGCGGGAUUUAGGGUUAUCAAAAAAGGAAUACAAUCACAGGCAAGGUCGUCAGCGUUUUCUCCUGGACUUACUGCUCCAAGUCCACAAACCUUUGCUUCAUGAGGAACUCAUUGCAAUGGGAAACCAACUCAACGAGGAUCCAAACGAAUAUCAUGAAGGCACCUGGAGGUAUAUAAAAGACUUUCAAGAACGUGUACAUCAAAACCAAGUGCCACGUCCUUCAAUUAUCUUAAAUCAGCUGGAUGAUGAGCUGCCCCAGAACCUGCUGGGGAUCUAUAGAUUUUUGACCAUGGCCAAGGAUUGGUCUUCCUUCCAGCGCAACGCCUGCUAUGCCAGGAUGCACUUCCAUCCCCUGCUCUUUGUAAAUGCCCUACAGAUGGCAGUGGGUGACAGGGAGGACACCAAAGAUUUGCGAAUGCCAGCCAUGUAUGAGGUACUGCCUCAGCUCUACUUCGAGAAGGAGGUGAUCCUGGCGGGCCAGGAAAUCGCCUGGCAUCAGUUGACUCCCAUCAGGAUGGUGACACCGAAGCGAAGAUGGAAGGAUAUCCUCAUGGGGCAUCUGAACACCAGGCAGCCUUGGACCCAAGAGGAACCCUUGCCUACGGAACCCCUGAUCAUUGAUAACGAAAGACCGUUGGCUCACCUUAGUCUGGACUUGGAACUUAACUUACACUGGAACAAUCUGAUAAAUCGCCUGGUUAUAGCUUUUGAAGAAGGAAAGGAGCGGGUGAGUGAGCCCAUUAUUAUAGAUGGCGAUCGCUUAAUGGCCUUUCGAGGACCCUUCGACGAAGACAACUAUAUAAAUAAUUUGGCCAUGGGACCACAUAACUUGCAACUAUUUUUAUACAACCUAAAUCAAUUUGUGGCUAUCUUGACCUUGGAGGAUUUGGCAACAGGAGAAAAAUCUAUUGAUCUGAUUGAACCGCCCCUUAUGACAACCGGUGGCGUUCCUUAUAAAGGUACCUCUUUAAAUAUCAAAGCUGUUAAACACAUUUUAGACCUGACAAUAGAAGACCUGAAAAACCAAAUAGAUAUGGCUGUGAAACAUAAUAACCACUCUGAGGAUAAUUUAUGUAUAGCGGGACAAAUAAUAGUUAACAAUUACCUCAAUAUUUGUCGUCAAUUGAGCCUGGCUGUGAAUGGACAUGGUUUAAAUCAACCCAGCAUGUUGGGUCUGGCGACCGCCAACCUUAGAGAUCCCAUCUAUAGAUCGCUGCUGUUUCGCUUAAAUGAAGUAUUGAAGAGUUAUGAACAUCAGGACUUCUCUUAUGAUAAAAAAGAAAUGACUUCCCCAAAAAUUCUUAACAUUAAUGUGAGUCGCCUGGUGACUUAUGAGGAGAAAGUCGACAUAGAUCUCAUUAAUCUAAUUGACCAGCAACUGCUGCAGUCCCACCGAAAUAAUUUACAAUUUCUGCGUCGUCAUUUGGUGGCCAGACAACGUCGUCUUAAUCAUGAUUCAUUUGGUAUUAGACUGGAUAUAAGAGCUCCCUAUGAUAUGAAUAUUCUAGCAAGGAUGUAUUUAACUCUACCAAAUCAAUUGGAGACUCGUCUACACCUGGACAGCUUCAAAUGUUCCCUUAAACAGGGCAUCAAUCAAUUGGAACGCCUGUUUCCAUCAGCCCGUACUGAACCCACUCUUAGCGAACUCUAUGAGGCCGAUUUCCCAUCAACAGAUGUAACAAGUUCCAGCCGAUUUCCCCCACAUCUUUUAUUGCCAAGGGGGACCAGAGAGGGCCUCAAACUUCAAUUACUUGUGGAACUCGGUGCUUGGACUGGCUCGGAGCUGGAGUUUGACGGGGUGUCUGUGCCUGUCCUCGCCCAAACUCUGAAGGAUGUGAUAAUCUUUCAUCACCAGGCCUGAAACUAUUAUGCGAUUAUGUAUGCUAAGUGCUUAAACUUCUAAAUUGCUCAUAGGAACGCAUGAUUAAGGAGAGGGUUCCAUAUCAAUAUAGUUUUCCAGGCACGCACGCGUUCCUGAUUAUAAUGGUAUAUGAAUAAAAUGAUAAAUAAUUGUAGUAGAGCUGGAGCAAAUAAUAAAUAAAAAAUUUGUGUUUCCUUUUGCAACCAAUAAAUCAUUUAUAGUGUUAUAAGAUUGAUUUACUGCACCCCAAAACAUAUAUAAAAAAGUUCAAAAAUAAUACAUUUAAAAUUGAUUUAAAUUCUUUUCAAAGGCA